AUGAGUGUUCGUUACACAUCUAGUGGAGGUCGUGCUUGUCGCCAAAGAGAUCACAUUACUAUUGAGCAUCAUUUUCAGGUUGAUAUUUUUACAAUUAUAUGGGAUUCUCAAUUGCAAGAAUUGAACAAUAGAUUCAAAGAAGAUGUGAUGGAGUUGCUUAUUCUUAGCUCUACUUUAGAUCCUAGGGAUGAUUACAAUUCGUUCAAAAUUGAAGAUAUAUGCAAGCUUGCAAAUCAAUUUUAUCCUAAUCACUUUAUAGAGCAAGAAAAAAUACAUUUGAAAUUCCAAUUGCAAAACUACGAGAUUGACAUCCUUAAACAUCCUAAUUUCUAUGGCAACAACAGAACGUUAGAAGUUAAUGCAACUACAAAACCUUCCACUGAUAAUGUUGAAGCUUCAAUUCCUGAACAACAUCCUUGUAAAGUGCCUAGAAUAGAAUCCAAAGAAGUUUAUACAUCUUCUUUGAAAGUCAAUAGUGGGAAGAAUUGUGCUUUCUUAACUCAUAUUGGAAAGGACCCUAAUUCAUCGCACAGAAUUGUUAUCAAAUCUUGCCAUGAUUUAACAAUUCAAGCGCAACACAUUGAGAAAUUAGUUGAGAAACAAACUUCUCAACAAGUUGCCAAAAAUCGUUUGUGGUUGAAGACUACAAUAGAUGCUGUCAAAUGGCUUACGUUUCAAGCUUGUGCAUUUAAAGGUCGUGAUGAAGGUCAUGAUUCUAAUAAUCGUGAGAAUGUUAUUGAAUUGAUAAAGCUCUUGGCAUCUUAUAAUGCAGAUGUGGAAGAUGUGUUACACAAAGCUCCUCAAAAUGCUUCAUAUUACUCGCAUCGAAUUCAAAAAGAGAUUCUUAGUAUUUUUUUUUUUGACAAAAUACAAAGAUUCAUUCGUGAGGAGAUUGAUGAAGCAAAAUUUUGCGUUAUAGUGGAUGAGGCUCGAGAUGAAUCAAAGAGGGAGCAAAUGAGCAUUGUUCUAAGAUUUGUUGAUAAAGAUGGUUUUAUAAAGGAGCAUUUUUUUGAUAUUGUUCAUGUAUCGGAUACAACAUCAGCAACUUUGAAAGAAGAAAUAUGUAUUGUCCUAUAUUGUCAUAAUCUCAGUGUACAAAAUAUUCGUGGUCAAGGGUAUGAUGGUGCUAGUAAUAUGCGUGGAGAGUGGACUGGGUUGCAGGCCUUAUUUCUUCAUGACUGUCAUUUUGCAUAUUAUGUUCAUUGCUUUGCUCAUCGACUCCAAUUAGCAUUGGUAGCGACAGCAAGAGAGGCUGAAGAAAUUGCAGCAAAACUUGCUAUUUAUGAAGUUGAAACUAGUAAAGUCUUAAGUAAUGUCAACAAUGAUGGAGCCACCUUUACUCAACGUGCCGAUGCAGAUGAAGUUUAUGAUAAGAUUACAUCUUUUGAGAUUGUGUUUAUCUUACAUCUUAUGAGAGAUAUUCUGAGGACUACUAAUGAUCUUUGCCAAGCUUUGCAAUGCAAAUCUCAAGAUAUAUUGAAUGCAAUGCAUAUAGUGUUAACUACAAAAGCACUUGUUGAAAAAUAUAGAGAAGAUGGAUGGAUUUCUUUGUUGGAGAAUGUUCAACUAUUUUGUGGAAAAUAUGACAUAGAUAUUCCUGAUAUGAGUGCUCGUUACACAUCUGGUAGAGGUCGUGUUUGUCACCAAAGAGAUCACGUUACUAUUAAGCAUCAUUUUCGGGUUGAUAUUUUUACAAUUAUAUGUGAUUCUCAAUUGCAAGAAUUGAGCAAUAGAUUCAAAGAAGAUGUGAUGGAGUUGCUUAUUCUUAGCUCUGCUUUAGAUCCUAGGGAUGAUUACAGUUCGUUCAAAAUUGAAGAUGUAUGCAAGCUUGCAAAUCAAUUUUAUCCUAAUGACUUUACAGAGCAAGAAAAAAUUCAUUUGAAAUUCCAAUUGCAAAAUUACGAGAUUGACAUCCUUAAACAUCCUGAGUUUCAGCAGUUGUUGACAAUUUUUGAAUUGUGCCAAAUGUUGGCAACAACAAGGAAGUCAACAAUUUAUCCUCUUGUUGAUAGAUUAAUUUGUCUUGUUCUAACUUUACCAAUUUCUACGGCAACAACAAAACGUGCAUUUUCAGCUAUGAAAAUUGUAAAGACUAGAUUGCGCAACAGGAUGGAGAAUGAUUUUCUUUCACGCCACUUGUUAACAUAUGUUGAGAAAGACAUUGCUCGAGAUUUUGAUGAGAUUCCAUCAUAG